GUGGCUUGCAGUCCCUGUUACCUAAACAUAAGUAUUCAAUCCAUUACAGACAAUACACAAUACAGUCUUUAAGGGUCUUUGCCUCAGGUUGCUAAACUCCGCAUCGACCUUUACUUUUUCUCCGUCAUUCCACCCUUUUUACUUUCUCCUUUUCCUUAUACUCCAUACCUUCUUUUGUAUUGUAUCUCUUAUCCUUUUCUUUCCUUUUAUAUAUAUACAAAUAUAUAUAUAUAUAUAUAUACACAUAGGUACAUAACCAGAUCUUUCAUUCUCUAAACCGGCAUCAUGCGGGUGAUGAUCCGGAUACUACCGCUGUUGGCGGCAGGCGGCAUUCUACCCACCUGGGCUGCAGGUGAUUCCUCAAGUUCGACCGACACGUCCACUGGCACGGGGAAGGGCAUGUUCACGCUGGAAGGAACCAUCACCGCUAAAGUCAGUGAUGCCGCAACCCCGACCGGCACCUAUCAAUCUAUCACCUCAACCGUCACCCUAGGCAGCGGCCAUGGCACCGUCGUCGGCUCUCACACCCUCACCGGCUCCGACGCAACAGUGACGACGGCGUCGAAUAGCACCAAUACGAAUACCUCCACCUCCAAUUCUGUCACGGUGCUGGGCGGCACCCAGACCCUCAACGGCACCGCCAAUGCCACCAUGACGGCCUCGGCCUCGGCUUCGUCAUCCCCGGUGAUCAACACCCAACCCUGCAACGGCUACCCCGAGUUCUGUGCACGGAACUAUUCUAACAUCACUGUGGUUGCUGCUCACAACAGUCCCUUUGUGAAACCGGGCAGUGUUGCCGCCAAUCAGGCUUUGGACGUCGAGGACCAGUUGAACGAUGGAAUUCGAAUGUUACAAUUCCAGACCCAUCUGGUCAAUAACACCAUGUACCUGUGCCACAGCAGCUGCGAGCUGCUCAAUGUCGGGACCCUCGAGGCCUAUCUGACCACAGUGACUAAGUGGAUGAAAGCCCAUCCGUACGACGUCGUCACCAUUUUGAUGGGCAACUCGGACUACGUCGAUCCCGGCAAUUUCACUGGACCUAUCCAGAGUUCCGGUCUGAUGGAUUUGGUGUAUACCCCUACGAAGAUUCCCAUGGCCUUGGACGACUGGCCGACGCUGUCCAGCAUGAUCAUGUCCGGCAAGCGUGCGGUCAUGUUCCUGGACUAUCAGGCCAACCAGACGGCGUACCCAUGGCUCAUGGACGAAUUUUCCCAGAUGUGGGAGACGCCCUUCUCACCGACGGACCGGGACUUUCCUUGCGACGUCCAGCGUCCUCCGGAUCUGGCAGCGCCGGACGCCAAGAACCGGUUGUAUAUGGCUAACCACAACCUCAACCUCCAGAUGGAUGUGCUGAAUCUUGACCUGCUUAUCCCGAACACGGCGCUCUUGAACGAGACGAACAACGUGACCGGAUAUGGCAGUCUCGGUCUGAUGGCAAGCAACUGCAGCAAAAUCUGGAAUCGUCCCCCGAACUUCCUCCUAGUCGACUACUACAACUAUGGCCCAGUCAACGGCACGGUCUUUGAGGUUGCGGCGCAGAUGAACAAUGUGACGUACAACGGAAAGUGCUGCGGCGUGGCCAGCGCCGGCAUGAGCUUGACACCUCAGAGCGUCAUGGCCACCGCUCUCAUGAUCGGUGGCAUCCAAUUCCUCGUCUCUCUGUUUUGAAUCACUUGAUAUAUAUAUUUAUAGUUUGUAUAGAAGAUUUGGCUGGGAGUUACGAGAUACGACAGCCCUGUUUACUACAUAUUUAACGAGAAACGACCUACAGUAGCGCAUAUCGGAAAGAACAAUAUAAAAUUUUCAAUCCAA